AUGUCAUUUGAUUCAACCUCCCCAUCAUUACAUACUGCGGAUCCAAAUGCCCGCGUCUUCAGCUCCUCAUGCUUCGAUUUCCUUCUCAUAGAGCUGGUGCCUAUGGCCGAGCGUAUGGCCAAGGAACUUGCAACACAAGGAAAGCAAACCGAAGAUGAAGAAGUUAGAGAGACGACUUUUUUCCGUCUAGAGGCUCUAGGAUAUCGCGUUGGGCAAGGUCUCGCGGAGCGCUUUGCUCGAGACCGUCCUCGAUUUACCGAUAAUCUCGAUGUGAUCAAGUUCCUUUGCAAGGAUCUGUGGACAGUUCUGUUCAAAAAACAGAUUGAUAAUUUGAAAACAAACCAUCGAGGGGUAUAUGUUUUGACCGAUAGCGCAUUUCGGCCGUUUGGCAGAAUGAGUAUGGCUGUCCGGAAUGAAGCAAUAUCCAUGGCGCAAGCGUACCUUUGGUUUCCCUGCGGUAUCAUCCGAGGCGCGUUAGCAAAUUUGGGCAUUAAUACGACCGUCCAGGCCGAGACGUCGGAUCUACCAGGUGCAACUUUCCAGAUCAAAACUCUCCAGCCCCGACCUUGA